GUCAAAUGACCGUGAUCAACAAAGUUGAUCUGGAAAUAUUGUUGGAGCUGUGAAUGUGAUAUUAAAGUUUUCUAACAGUUUGGAAUCGUUCUUUAUAAUGUAUUUAUUUAUUUGGAGGACUAAAAUAGACAAUGGAUAAAAAAUGAUACGAUGUCGAAUGUUAAAGUAGCGGUGCGAGUUCGUCCGAUAAAUAAAAGAGAAUUAGAUCAAAAUGGCAAAAGUAUCGUGGAAACAAAUGGGGAUGCUAUUAGUGUGACGAAUAUAAAGGUAGACAGUAAUGCUGAAUAUGGAGAUAGUAGAGAAAGGAUAAAAACUUUUACAUUUGAUUAUUGUUAUGAUUCGACUGGAGAGCCACAUUCUCCUCAGUAUGCUCCUCAGCAACUGGUAUUUCAAGACCUUGGUACUGAGGUACUACAGGCAGCCUUUGAAGGGUAUAAUGCCUGUGUGUUGGCCUAUGGUCAGACAAGCACGGGGAAAACCUAUACUAUGACUGGUAUAAGGGAAGACCCAGGUCUAAUUCCAAGAAUUUGUGAAGGUUUAUUUAGCCAUGUAGAUGACUUUGAAGCCUCAGAUCGUACCACCUUUCGAAUAAAUAUUAGCUAUUUGGAAAUUUAUAAUGAAAGAGUCAGAGAUUUGUUACGACCCUCACUAUCACAGCGCAAUGAAAAAUAUACCCUCAAAGUCAGAGAGCAUCCAAAAGAAGGUCCAUAUGUACAAGAUUUAUCUUCACAUUUUGUUAAAGACAAUGAACAGAUACAGACAUUAUUAGAUAAAGGAAAUGAAAGCAGAACUACAGCAUCCACGUAUAUGCAUGACCACAGCAGUAGAAGUCAUGCUAUUGUUACAAUUAAUUUUAUUCAGGCCAAGUUAGAUGAUGAUCUACCUCAUGAAAUUGUUAGCAAGAUACAUUUAGUGGACUUGGCUGGAAGUGAGAGAGCAGAUCCAAACUGGAGUUUGAACUACAAAGGCAGACUCAAAGAAGGGUCAAACAUAAACAAAUCUCUGGUCACGUUAGGAAAUGUUAUCAAAACCCUAGCUGAGAAAUCCAUAUUAUCAUGGAGUACUGACAGUCUAGGGUCCACUCAGAGUUUUGCCAGCAGUGGUGGUGGUGAAGGGAGGGCCAGCCCCUUCUGUAGUCCUAAACGUAUGCGUCUACCAUACAUACCAUACAGAGACUCUGUGUUGACAUGGUUACUGAAAGACAGUCUGGGUGGAAACUCAAAAACAAUUAUGAUUGCCACUAUCUCCCCAGCCAGUAUUUGUUACAAUGAAACCAUCAGUACCCUCAGAUAUGCACAGAGAGCCAAAAAUAUUGUGAAUAAACCAAAGAUUAAUGAGGAUGCCAGUGUGACAUUGAUAAGAGAACUGAGAUCAGAGAUUGACAGACUCAAAAAUAUGCUGUCAACUUCACAAAUGGGGUUUUAUCCUACCAGCGAUGUCAUGUAUGUUGUUCCAUUUCAAAAAUUGCACAGAGAGGGAGAAAGCAUGCUUCCUAUUCAAGAUUCGGGUCAAGCUCUUGAACAACAAUUGCAGCUUCAAGAAGACAGAGCAAACAAAUUGACACAAACCUGGAUGGAUAAAUGGAUGGAGGCACAUGAAAUCAUCAAGGAAUCUGACCUGAGUAUAAGAGGACUGAAUAAAGCCAGUUCCAUGGGAGUGUUGAUAGAUUCACAAAUGCCACACUUGAUUGGAAUGGACAGUGAUAUCCUUAGUACAGGAGUUAUUAUAUACCAUCUAAAGGAAGGAAAGACUUUGGUAGGAAAAGAAGAUGCUAAGAGAGAGCAGGAUAUAGUUCUGAAUGGUCCCGGGAUUCAGAGAGAACAUUGCUUAAUUAAGAAUGUAGAUGGCAGUGUAACAUUGUAUCCAAACAGAGGCUCUCACUGUACAGUUAAUGGACUGGAUUGUAAGGCACCAGUUCUUCUUAAACAAGGUGACAGUGUGAUACUUGGUAAGAGUCAGAUGUUUAGGUUUAACAAUCCAGCAGAGGCAGCUGUACUCAGGGAAAGAAGAGCUUCUCAAGAAUGUUUAUUAGAUGAGCCAACAAGUCCAUCUUUCAUGGAAACUGACCAACACAGGGCUGUAACAGCUAGCAGAACUCACUGUUUACAAUUGGAGAAUCAGUACCAGUCCGAAACGGAGAAAAUAGAACGAGCAAAGGAAGAGUUGGAAAGAUUAAAACAUGAACAUUUACAAGCUGAGGAACAAAGACAAUUGAAGGAGGAGGAAUUGUGGAACACUCAUAAUCUUCAUUUACAUGAAAUAGAGGAAGAAAGGAAAAGAUUAACCAAAUUAAAGGAGGAGACAUUCAUACAAAGACAAAAAGCUGACCAGGAGCUAAAGUAUUCUAGAGAGUGUCUGGAGAAAGAAAGAGAAGCUUUUUACCAGGAACUACAGAGUGAGUUAUCCAAAAUUAGAUCAAGUAAUUCCAAAAGUACUGACGAUGAUUCUGUUUUCCCAGAAGACAUAGACCCUAGUGAAGUUUAUAUUGAUAUUAUUAGAAGAAAGAAACUUUCGGUUGAAGGCCAGCUUAAAACUAUUGUUCAGAAGGAAAUAGUGAGGACUUUUUCUCAUCAAGAAACUGAAAAGUCUCUUCGUAAAAAGACUGAUGAUUUAGAAGAUGAGUUUGAAUUGUCUAAAAAUCAGAUUGAAAACCAGUUGGUUAAAAUUAAAGAAAUAGAGGAACAAUAUCGACAGAGAGAUGCUAAACAGUAUACAGAAAUAAACAAUACAGAAUCAGAAUUGGAUGAGAUACAAGAAAGAGAGGAACAGUUAGAACUGUACAUAGAGGAGAAACAGGAUCUAUUAAAUGUAAAAUCAGAUAAACCACGUCCACUAAGGACUGCAUGUAGUGUGGAGGUUCUUACUAACUUACCAGUAGAAACAGAAUUUGGUCAAAAGACGUCUAGUAUGUUAGCAUUAAACAGAGGAAGCGCUGGUGAUUUGCCCGCCAUUUCUCAUCAGUUUUCGUUGUCUUCCAUGAUGUCUGUUGAUUCUGAGAGUACUGAAUCUGAUUUAACCAGUAGUAGCUCAGACAAUAAAAGUAAAUUAAAUUCAGGUGCUAAAAAGAAAAUUUCGACAGGGGCGAAAAGUGUAACUGAUAGACUAUAUCAAAAGUCAACACCAAAAUUUAAAUAUGAACCCAAAACUAAAAAGAGUUCAUCGCCAGCUGCAGAUCACAAAACAAGAGGAAGGAAAGGUUUACGAUCAGACAAUAGUUCCCCUCAUAGAUUACAUGAAAAUAAUGGAACUAUUAAGAAUGCGACUCCUGAAAAGAGAAGGAGAACCUCUCCGUCGAAGACUGAUGGUGCUCAUGAUGCAUCACAGUCAUGUGAAAAUCAAACUUUAUCAGGAAAUGCUUCAAAACGACAUGUUAAAAGUAGUACCUCGUUAGCAAGUGUACCAGAAGCUGUUGGAGAGGAAGGCGAUGACCAAAUUAUGCAUUCUACUCCCGAUAUCUCCCAAGUUGUUAGGAGGAGAAAUAAAGGCAACAGAAGUAAUGUCUUUGAUGAUGACUUUAGGAGACAUUCUGAGCCAGCCGGAGAAGAAUUGGCAGAUGCCUUUGAAAAAUAUUCACAAGAAAUGGAAAAAUCAGGAGGUGUUGAUAAUUCUAAUUAUAGACAUAGUGUAAGUCAGGAUGAAAGUGUGUCAAAUAGAAACAGUGUUGAUAUACCUUCCGUCAUUGUGUCAGAUGAUACUGAUAAUAUAACAUUCCAUAGCAGAGGGGUCAUCAGUGCUCAGGGACAAGAAUGUCAGGUUUCUAUGUCUGUUUGUGAAGGUGGAGAGAGUGUAGUAACUACGGAGGACAUUGAAGGUCAACAAGAAUUUUAUGUUGCUAUGGAAGACCAUGCUGGUUUUAUGGAAUGUCAGUCGGACAUUACAUCUCAGGAAUCUUAUAUCAUCAUAAAACCUGAUGCAAAACAUGAAAAAGAGGUUAAAGUAAAUGAUAACAAUACAAAUAUUGAUGAGGUUGUGAACAGGUCGGCCAACUUCACAGUUGAUCUUAUGCCAAUUAUAGAUGUGUCAUACUGUGAAGGAGAGCCGUUUAUUCCUAAGUCACAUGACAAUAGCCAAAACACACUUUCUUCUGGAGAAGAUAGGUCAGAUAUUCAGGAAAAUGAUUUGUAUUAUACUCAAAAUGCAGAAUGUGUAAAACAAGGAAAUAGUGAAAACAUGAUUCGAAUAGGAAGUAAGAGAGAGCAUAAAUCACAGCCUACCUCAACUGUACCCUCGAAACAAAGAAAAAGUGGUCAAAAUAACUAUCAAUGGCUAGUUAAUGCUAUUUCUAGCUUGAGUGAAGAAAAGCUUUUAGAUUUGGACUAUGGCGAGGAUAAUGAAAACUCAGAAGAAACAGAUAAAAUUGACAAUGAAUUCCAUGGAAAUGAUAGUGAGUUUGAAACGGAAGAAAGUUGUGAUGAAAUUAUUGAACAAGACAAUGGACAAAGCUGGAGUAGGAAGGCUCAAACAGGAGAAAUACUUGCUAACGAAAAUGAGGAUAUUGAUAAUAUAGAUUCGAAUGUGUCUAGAUCUGAUCAGGAAUGUCUUGAUGACAAGGAAUAUUAUUCUGAUUCAUUAGAUGAUGAUGAAGAUUCGUUAGAUGGAUCUAGACCAAGUGGGGAUCAGGAGGAACCCAUGAGUGAUUCGUUGAAUGGGUCGGGUGGAGAAGGAAGUGAAAAUAAUGGCGAGUCGAAUGAAUACAGUAAAGAUAACCAUGGAAAUGGUGUCAUUGAAUAUUUUUCUGAUAUUGAACCCGAUUUAGAAAAUGUUUUACAAGAUGAAGAGAUGGUACAAGAGUUGUCCGAUUACGAUGAGGUUGCUGAUGAUGAUGAUGACGACAUGUUGGAAGAACGAGCGCAGAUCUACAUUCAAUAUCCUAUGGACUUCCCUGGCAGUUUGUUAUACAGUAUUAAAGAAGAAUCUGUCCCAGCAUCGCCUGAUUUGUCAGAAUCUAAAGAUUUCAGUUCUGAAUUAAGUUAUGAUGGCGAUCAAACACUUGAAGAUGAUAAAUAUUUGUCACAGGUGUUUGUAUUAGGACAGGAAAAUCAAGCCACUGUUGUCAAAACUGAUGGUGAUGCUGAGGAAAGUGUUUCUGAUAUUCUUCAAGACAAGGUACAACAUACCGAAAAAGGAAUUUGUGAGGAUUCCAAAGAUUUACAAAAUUUACAAACUGUAUCAAAUGAAAUGAGUGUUAGAAGUGAAACUCAAAUUGUACUAACUGCAGAAAUGGACAAAAUUGAAGAAAGUCCCAUCGUUUAUCAUCCAAUUGAAUCUGUUCAAGGUGAUCAGGGUAAAGUGAAGCUGGUUAUGUCAGCAAAAUCAGUUCAGAUCAGUGGAAUGGAUACCAGUGAGAUCAAAAAUGAGGAACAACAGGGAACCAGUAGUCUUGAACAGGAAACAACAAAAGACUAUGACAGUAACCUUGAACUUUGUUGUGUCAGUGCUCAGAGUAUAAACGAAGACCUUGAUAGUGAACAAAUUGAGCAAAAUGAACAAGAAGGCAAAUUUGAUUUACAAAGUGAACAUGAUUGCCUUAAUAGUGAACAAGAUAAACAAGGAGGCAAAUUUAUUGAUGAAACAGAUAUUGGCAUUGAACAAUGUAAAGUAUGUAAUAUCACUGACAGUAAACAAACAGACAUAAAUGAUAUCAGCAACACAACCAUUGAAUGUCAAAGUGCUUCUGAGUCUGUUACUCCUGAUAAUUCAAACAGCUUUUUUUCUAAUUGUACAUGUGCAAUGCACCAAGCUGCAAAUGCUAAAAAUAACACCAGUAAAAUGAUCAAAAGUAAAAUCUUGGACAAAUCAAAACCUUGCAAAAGUGAAACAAGUGAGCUUCCAUUGGAACAAGAAGAACUUCAUGAUCAAAAUAACAAAGAGCAAGUGAACUUACAAUUACAAGAUGCAACUGUUUCUGAGGAAGUUGAUAUGGACACUUCUGACACAACAACUCUAAAUGAAGAGGUAAAUAGUGUUGGUGCUGAAUCUCAAAAUGAAUAUGAAAAAGUUCUGCCAAAAUGUUCUGAAGACAAUUCUAUUAAUCCUAAUGAAUCGAUUAAAGUAAAACCUAGAAAGUCUAGACCUGAGACAAGAACAUUAGGAGUAUCAACCUCACCAGACUUGGUUACUGUUGGUUGUGGUGAUGAUAUUGCCAGUGAUGAUUCGUUACAGGAAGUCCAGGAGGAACUACUCGUUCUACAGGAAGCUCUGGAUAAUAAAUCUCCAAAGUAUACCAAUACAAAUGGAAGCUCACUGUCGUCUGCUAGGAAAGCCACCAGAAAACGUGCCAUGCAGAAAAGAGGAAGUGGCAUAUGUACAGAAUCAGAAGAUUUAAUGUCCAGUGAUUCUCCUGAAAGUCAAAGUAAAUCGUCAUCUUCAAGACCUGAUUCAGCCUCAAGACGGAGGAGACGUCCAAAUACCAAGUCAGCAGAUCGUUCUGGCAAAAAAUCAAAAGGAUUAAGUUCUGAUGAAUAUAUUACUUCUGAGAAUGACAGCGUCUACUCAGAUGAAUCUCCAUCCAGGAAGUCCAGGGAUGGAAAGAAAAACAAGGAAGAAAUACCUAUAGACAUUGCCAAGACUUUAAAUAGUUGUAUUGAUGAGUUAACUGAUUCGAUAACACAAAAUGAUGGAUUAGAAGAUAUUGACAUGGAUCGGAAUAUUCCAAAUGGAUACUCUGCAGGUGAUUCUGAACAGGAACAAUAUGGCGCCCGACAGAAAAAUCGUCAUGUUAAUGGAAACUAUAUUCCUAGUUUACAACUUAGAAAUCUUAGUCAAAGUGAGGAACAGUCUUGUGAAUACAAUGGACAAGAUCAGUUAGAGGAUGCAAGGCAAAUUUCUUGGAGGAGUUCUGUAUCAUCUGGAGGUCAAUCCUCAAGGUCAACCUCUGAGACAAGAGAUGCUAGUCAGCAGACGGACAGUCCUUUUAUGUCUCUGCCAAUGAGAUCACCCAUGUCAACACAGACAGAAAGUGGUUUGCGGCAUUCUCUGUCAGCAUCACCGAUCAGUGUUUGGAACUCUGUUGAUAAAUGUAUAAAAUCCCCAAAAGGUCAAGCUGAUGGAGGAAAGGACAAAUCACCAGGUGGAAAGAAAAUGGUGAAAACAAAACAAUGCAAACUUUCUGAUCUUUCGCAUACUACUCCAGAUACUUGGUCAGCAGAUAUAACUGACGUACCGCCAAAUUUCGAAACUAAUGUUGAUAUGGAAUCUGGAUCAGAAUCUGAUGGUGAUGCUGUUAUCGUAGAAACAGAAUCAUGUUCCCCAGCAACACCUUCUACAUCAGAUCAUUUUUUCGAAUCAGGUUAUAUGGUAUUACAAGAGCCACCAUCAGGAAGACAAAUUCCUGUUAAAUAUGAAGUGACAUUGAAACCUGAGGAAACAAAUAUUCAUUAUAAUGUUGAAAAAACUGAGUAUAAAACGUAUGGACUUCAUUCACCUGGCCGUGAAACAGAAAAUAUUCCCGAAAGUAUAAACAUUAACAUUACGGAUAGAACAUCGAAUAUUUCUGAAACUAGAUAUGAAACUAUCACACGGCAGCAAUUCCAAUUAAAUCAAGCAACUGAUGAACCUCCUUCUGGAAAUAUUAUUUCGGAAAGAACAUUUCGUGCAUCAAGUGAAUUGUCCUCUGAUCGAUCUGAUUCAAAUUUGGAAUUAAGAUCUGAGCGGUUAAAUGUUGAGGAAGAUGAGCAACAUUUUGUGGAAACAACUGUCCAAAACUAUCCUAUUGAUCCUAUUGACAAUGAUAGAUUGAUAGGAAAAGAAGAGGGUAUGUUUUCUCCGCGAGAAUCAGAUACUACAUCAGACUAUGGGACAAUGAUAUAUGAUAGAAGGAGAGGCGUUUCAGCUGCUUAUGAUUCUGACGAUAUCGACUCGUUAGCUAGUUACGGGAAAUACUUUACUGGAUCUCAGGAAAAUACUCCCCGUGGAAACAUAACAAAAUUGGAAAGUGAUCAAACAGAAAGUGCAUCUUUUCAUGAGGGUGAAAAUGAAUCUCAAAAUCUUGAACAAACAUUAGAUAUGACACCACGAACAUUUACCUCUGAAGAGCAAAAGUUACCUGUAGAAUCGAUCAAUACAAGUCGUGAUACAUCUAGAUCAUCAGAAGAUGUCUAUGUUACUGCAGAAAUGAGUAGAACAAGCUCUAUGUCAUCUGAAUAUAAAACUCCACAACAAUCACCUAGGGAGGGUGAUGAAAUAAAUGACUUAUCAUGUGAAAACAUUCAAAUACCAGAUAUUUCAGAUUCAUCAAAAGCCUUAAUCAAUGAAAAACAUAAAGAAGAAAUAAAAAUGCAAAAAACUGUGUCUGUAAACACUGAACAGCUAAAAGAAAGGGAACAAGUUAUUAGAGAAACAUUGAAAAAUGAACUUCAGAAAAAAAUAGAGGAUUUAAAAUAUAGUCGUAAAAGUAAAGACGAUUCUGCCAUCAGUUCUGAUUUUACAGAUGGAGAUUCUGUUUCGGUAUCACCAAGAGGAAGUCAGCUUUCAGAAAAGUUAUUAGGUGUUGGAAAUAUUGGUCCCGAUUUAGUUGAAGUAAGAACCACUGAAACUGAAACAUCUUUCGAACCGUCAUCUGGUGCUCAGUCAUACUUGCCAAAACUUGUAGACAUAGACAAUAAAAGUGUUCAGAAAAUCCCACAGAAGGAUUCUGGGAAUGUUUUUGAUGAUGAAGACAUGGAGGAACUCAUGUCACAGACAACAGAAUAUUUGUCAAAUGUGCAAAAUCAAAAUAAUGGGGCAAUAAGUGAUAGCGAUACUAUUGGUGGACAAGAACAUCACUCACCAGCAUGUAUUGAAAAUAAAAUGUUUGUGGAAAAAGAAUCAAGUGAUCGAUCAUUAUCACCUGGUGAAGUCGUUGCAGACGACAUGUAUGAACAGUUUGCAUCAGGUCUUAAUUCUGGAAGUGGUGGUGAAAUGGAGAGUGAAUAUUUCAGUAAUGAAAAUGACAAUACUGAUGGACAUCAGGAAGACUCAAGGUCCAGCAUAGAAAUGGGAAUUAAUAGUAUGCCAGAAAGAAGAAAUUCUGCAGAACUUUUAGAAAUGAUGGACUCUAAAAAUCAGAAUUUGGAAAAAUGUUCAUCACUAUCAAAUAUUUGCAAAGAUGUAGAAGUUUCUGACUUCCGUAGAUCUGUGUCUGAGAACUGUAUGGACCAGUAUGAGGAAGCUGCAUCUCUUCAUUCUAGUAGCUCAAAUGACAGUAUUGUUUUCGUAUUUAUGGGACAGUCACAUACAAGAGAAAGUAUGGAGCAAUUGAAACAUUAUACAUCCAAACAGGAAGGAUAUAAAGUUCACGAAUCUAACGAUAAUAUUCUGUCGCAAAACCAUGGUAAUGCAGAAACUCUUUCAUAUAGAGAUAGUGAUCAUAAAGAUUCUGAUGGGAGCAUGGAUAGUCAAGAAGAAAUGAUAACUAAUAUGGAACAUAUUUUAUCACAGAAUGAUUUGGAUAGUCCAGAGUUUUCUGAGGAAACUGGUAUUGAUAGUCAAGAAAUAUCUGAGGAAACUGGUCUGGAAAGUCAGGAAAUAUCAGAGGAACAAUACCUUGAUAGUCAGGAUAUAUCUGAGAAUUUUGACAGCAUGGGAGAUAAUCAAAGUGAUCCUCUAAAUUCAGGGGAAACAAGUCCACUUACAACUGAGGUUGUAGAGGAAAUAGUCACUUAUGAUGUUAAUCCAAUAGAGACAGCUUAUUACGAGAAUAAAAGAGUUACUUCCAGGCAAGAAGAGGACGAGGAGCCUCUCCGACAUAAAUUUGGAAUUGAUGAAUCUAUACUACCCAUCCCAACCAGAUCUGUGUCAUCAGAUAACUUGCCACGUAAAAUUUCAAAUCAGAGAAAAAUGCAUAGAUCAAGAUCAACAAGUUUACUGGAUAUGGAAAAGCCAGAAAAAAUUACAACUUCAAGUGAUAAUGAAGGCAUCUUUCCUCCAAAUGUACAACACUCAGAAAGUAACAGCAUAGAACUUGAACAGAAGGAAGAUAAAGAAUAUAUCAGUGAUAUUGAGCCUGACCUUGAAGGAGAGGAUGCUGGAACUGGCAGUCCAGACAUGCCUCCAACACCAGCACCAAGUGUUGUAGACGAUACAGAGGAUGAUAAACAAUCUUCUCAUGCUAUCAAUCAAGAUGCUCUGUACUCCUCUCUCUUUCCACUUCAAACCCAGCAGUCACAACUUGAUCAUAAUGGCAAUGUUGAAGACAUCUCAGGUGCUCAAGGUGAAACUCCCGAAAGAAGUAGACAGCUGAUAUCACCGUCCAGAUUUGUAUCUGUUGGUACCCAGGCAGCUUUGGCCGAUUCUGAAACUCAGACAGAUGCAUCAGUGUUUAUAUCACCUGAUGGCAAAAUAGUACAAGUAUUGCCAGGUUUAGACUCGCCAUUAAGAUCUCAGAGUAUGGUCACUCUACAAGGCAGGAUGACACAGUUUAAUCCCUCAGAAGAUUCAGAAAACUGGUACAAUUUGUCUUCUCUCAUGUUAGAGACAAUACCAUUGCUUAGGAAUAUAAAUCAGAGAUUACCAGGAGCUGACAUCAGUCAGGCUAGUUCUGUGGAAAAUUUUGCCACUGCAGAAACAUCAUCUCUUUCAACACAAACAACUGGAUCACUGGAGAACUUAAAUAAUACUGAUGUAGAUACAGAUAAAAGGUUGGAAACAAAAAUGGUAGAAUCUACACAGACUGAAUAUAAUCUGACACAUUCUUUCACAGAAACAAAUGAUUUGGAUAAGUCAGAAAUUUCUGUACAAACUGAUGAACCAGAAGUUAGAAAGACAGAAAGUAGUGAAAUAUCUGUGCAAACUGACUUUGUGUGGAGUAUGGCAAGCUCACAACCUAUCACAACAACCACUGCCUCCCUGAACUAUGAAUGGAAUAACCAACAACCAGAAACUGCAUCAGCAACUGGUUCCUUGUUCUCUGUGGAUAGAACUAAUAUGCAGACAGGAACUGUUUCAAAUUCAUCAGAAGGAACAAGUACAACAGAAGCUAAACCUCAACACAUGACAACUUCAGAAAAACAUGUGACCAGUGAUGGAGAAGAAAGCUCUGAGGAAGUAUAUACUGAGAAUUGUGUCAUGUUUUAUGACUUUGUUAACAAAUGCUAUGUACAAAAUGUGGAAAGUUCAGAAUGGCAUCGUUUAGAGAAAAAUCGUAAGAAAAAUGAAACAGAAACAAUUGCUACAAAUACUAGUCAUCCUUCAGAAAGUGUUGUUGAUGCUAGAAAACAUGAUACUGUUGAAAAUCAUACUACUGUCAAAAAUGACAAUACUGAGAUUGAUCGUGGAGUACGGAUACAUCCCAGAUAUAGUGGAUACAGUUAUAAAACCUCGCCAAAACAUACAGACUUCAAAGAAGAACAGGAUGUGAAAUCUGAAGAAUCAAAAUCAUCUAAUUCAUCGGUACAGCAAAACAGUGCCUCAUCAUACAGAAAUAGGUACAAUCGUGACAGUACUAACCGUUAUGAUUUUUCUGCUUCGAGAAAACAGGAGAAUGAGCAAAGUAUUAGCCCUACUUACAGAUCUUAUCAGGAGGAAAAAAGACUAAAAGAUUUACGUUUAUCAGAAACAAAAACAAAAUCUGACAAACCACAAUAUCUUCAAGAAGAAAAUAAGGGAGAAAGACCUGAGUCACCAGAAGAAAUAAUUACUGUAGAAGAAAUAAUAAUAGUAGAUACCCAGCCUUCAGUUAGUGAAGUAGGUACAUCCUCAGAGAAAACACACAGAGACACUCUCUCACUAAAAAUAGAAUCUCAGAAAUCGGAUUCACAGUCUGCUGACCUUGAAUCUCCUCAGGAGACAGUAACUGAGGAAAUUGUGACAAUAACCGAGUAUAUGCCAUGGGAGACAACUCCACUCAAAACAGACCCUAAGACAACACAACAUAUGGAAAAGGAAUCUGUUGAAUCUCCAGAAGAAACAAAGAGUGAGGAAAUUGUAAUAGAAACGACUGUAAUGCCAUGGGAGGUCAGUGAACAAACCAACACUUCAUCAUAUACAUCACGUGGAAGGGACAAUCUUACCUCACUGAAAAUAGAGCCAAGAAAAACAACAGAGGAACACAUUGAGGGGGAAACAGUUGAAUCUCCCCAAGAAUGGAUCACAGAGGAAGUGGUCAUAAUAUCUGAUCCAGAACCAUCAAAAUGGGACAGAAAAUCUGACACUGUAUCCACAACUGAAUCAUCUAAAUUGGACAGUAAGCUAGACAAUGUAUCCACUACGGAACCAUCAAGAUGGGACAGAAAACCAGACACUGUAUCAACAACUGAAUCUUCAAGAUGGGACAAAAAAUCAGUCAAUGAAUCCACUACUGAAUCUUCAAGAUGGGACAGAAAACCUGACACUGUAUUCACUACAGAAACAUCAAAAUGGGAGAGAAAACCAGUCAUUGAAUCCACUACUGAAUCUUCAAGAUGGGACAGAAAACCUGACACUGUAUCCACUACAGAAACAUCAAAAUGGGAGAGAAAACCAGUCAUUGAAUCCACUACUGAAUCAUCAAGAUGGGACAGAAAGCAAGACGCUGUCUCAACAAAUGAACCAUCAACACAUGAAAGAAAGCAAGACACAUAUUCCUCUUAUAUUUCACAAAGGGACAGAACAAGAGACACCCUAUCAUGGAAAGCGAGGCCAACAAAAACAAAUCAAAGGGCAGUUGAUGAGGAGAAUAUAGAAUCUCCAAGAGAAGUUAUAACUGAGGAAUUUGUCACAAUAACGGAAACAGAACCUACAGAAUGGAAGGUCAAGGAAGAAAAUAGUAGACUUCAGAAUGAAACUAGACAGAGAGAUCUACAGUCACAUAAAAUUGAGCCUAGAACAUUUAAAAGACAUCACUUGAAUGAGGAAAUUAUUAUAGAUCGUGAAUCUUCUCGAGAAAAUGUUACCGAUGAGGUUUUGAAAUCAACAGUUCCGAAAGAAAGUAAACUACAUCAACCAUCUUUAUCAGAAACAUUUAAAUUUGAACGUAAAGCUCCUACUGAAAGAUAUGUUGAUAAUGAGAAUAUUGUUGAAGAUAUGGUAUCUCCCAGGAAAGACGAUACUAGAUAUACAUUGUCAAAAGAUUACAUCAGGCCAACACAAGCUGGCAUUCGUCAGAAUACUAAUGAGCAACCUUCUACUUCCUCACAGCAGUCUAACUCAUCUCAAAGUGAUUCUUCCCAGCGUACCUCAGAAACUGGACAAUCAGAACACCACUCUUUUGAAACUAAAACUAUAAAGAGAAAACAAUUAGAUGACAAAGGAGAUGAAGAAAGUGACGACGAGAAGGAAGGAAGAGAUGAAGUCUUCGAACAAGUAUCGGAACAUCAUCAUUCAAAACGUGACAAUACUCAAGUUCAAACUAUACUGACUGAACGGGAGCAUGUAAUGGAGACAGAAUUUUAUGUACCAGAUAUUGAGGCUAGUCAGGCUGAAAUGGAUGCUCUAAAGGAAGAACAUGAGAAAACAAUGGAAGCUAUCAGGAAAGCUGCUUCUGAAAGAAAACAACGAACUGAUGCUCUAAAAAGCAAGACUAAGAAAGUGAUCGAAACUGAAUUUGAAAUGACGAAAGAACUAGAAACUUUAAAUGAUGAGGAUUUACAGAAAAGAAAUAAUGAAAACAAACAAGUAACAUUUGAUAUGAAUUCAAUAGAAACAAGAGAAUACAGUAUUCUAUCAGAGGACAAUGAACCCCAGGAUGUGCCAGAAAAGAAAGUAGUGACAGAAUACGUCACAGAAACAAAACAAGAUAGAUCAGAAAAUGAUGAUACUGAAAGUAAACUUCAAAAACUUGAGUCCAUGUGGAAAGAUUAUGUUAGGAUAGAGAAAGAACUGAAAGAACAGAAUGUUGAAAAAGACGACAAAUCAAAGAAUGACUUAAUUGAUGAUGUUAUGAGUGAUAAUGAUGAACCAUCAAAUAAAAGAAGGGAGGAAACUCCAUUGAAAUCCAGGACUGAACCUGUCACAAGGCCGAAUUUUAGAGAAUAUAAAGUGCAGACAAACAUUGAAACUGAUGAGCCUAUUAUGAAAAUUGACAAAACUGACAUCAAGUUCAUGCCAACCUACACAAUUGAUUAUCAAGGAGAUAGACCCAGAAAUGAUUCAGAAACUGUUGUCAAAGAGAGAGUAACAAAAGUAACAUCAGACAGAAAACCAGCUGUGGUAACAUACUCACCCAGAAAUAAUACAGAAACUGUUGUCAAAGAGAAUGUAACAAAAGUGACAUCUGACAGAAAACCAGCUGUGAUAACAUAUACACCAAGAAAUAAUUCGGAAACUGUUGUCAAAGAGAGUGCAACAAAAGUAACAUCAGACAGAAAACCAGCUGUAAUAACAUCAUUACCACCUGUCUCAUCAGAGAAGAUACCAACAGUUCGUUCAUUAAAUAAGGUACCAGCAAUUGUAAAAUCAGACAAGAAACCAGUAACAUCACUUCCCAGAUCUCUGUCAGUUGAUACUUAUACCAAUAAAAAAGGAAAAACUUGUAGCAUUGGAACUGAAGUUUCUGUGGACAUCUCAGAUGACUUUACACAAACAGACAAUGAAAUUGUACCCGCUUAUGAACCACCUCAAAGAAGCCAAAAGAAGGAUCCGAACAGUAACCAGAUCAAAAGUGAACUGGAUCGAUUGCACAAAGAACGAGUGGAGAUCAUAGAAAUGUUGGCAUUGAACUAUCUACCUGCAAGUCUUACUGUAGAAUUACUGGAAGCAAAAUUGAACUACUGUAUUGGACAAACUGACUUGUUGCUUGGCUCGCUGGAAGAGACAUGGAAUAACAUUCAAGAUGUCAUUGAUAUUGAAGAAGAACACAAUACUCAUGUUGUCACUAAAGAAUACCUCACUAAAUACAUGGAAGAUCUACGCAAAUCCAAAUAUGAUAUUAAAGUAUGUAAGGAAAGAAUGGACAUUAAAUCUGGAAAAGGUAGAGGUAGGCCUGUUGGAAGAAACCGUGACCUACAUAGAAUGAUGAGACAGACAGAAAUUGAAGCUUUUCAAGCAGAGAGGAAAAUGGAGCAACAAAAUUUUAAUACUGUCAAAUCAAUUAACAGAAUAAGCCCUGCAUUUGAUGAAAUCGAUAGAAAGUUCAAUAGUGCCAGUCCUAGGAAUCGUGAUAGAAUUAACAUUCAUACAAUGUCACCUUCAGAACAUGCUGCUUAUUUAAUCAAACUACGCAAACAAGUUGUCAAGGCAACUGAACAAGAGGAUGUACGGCACAGAAUUAGUAGGUCCUGUUCUCCUUAUGUUGGUCAAAGAUAUGAUGGAGAUCAUACCCCUCUGGCAAGUCCAAGAAGCUACUCAGCUUAUUCAAGUGAAACACUAAAUGCUUCUCCACGUAUAUCUAUAUCUGUCACGGAACCUGUAGAAAAUGGUAUUGGAUCCUAUACCACAAGCCAAAGAAGAUAUUCCACUGAUACUUACUCCUCCACCAGUCAACGGAGCUAUUCAGCUGAUGCUAACUAUUACUCGUCACUGCGUCAACAGACCUAUACGACUGAUAGUCCGUCAAGAAGGUCAGGGUCAAUGACCUAUACUACUGAGAGUCCGUCACGAAGGUCAGGGUCAUACAGCAGACCAUCACCACCUCUUUAUAACAGAUUUUCAUCUCCAGAUUACAGUAGAUCAAUGUCUCCACAGUAUAACAGAUCCAGUUCACCACAGCUUAAUAGAUCUGUGUCGCCACAGUACAAUCUAAGAACUGAUGUUAUUAGUCCUCAUCAUUCGUAUGAACAAGAAGCAUUGUCAGAGAGUGUCUACAGUGUAAAUGAGACUCAAGAACUGCUGAGGGAGAUACAAGAGGCUAGAGAACGAAACCAAGUGGAGAUAUCAAGAGCUGAGGAAACUCUUAAUACACACAGGAAUGGAACAAGCUCAAGUACAUACAGACCAUAUUCUAGUUAUACAAACUCUGCUUGUGAUUCAUUGAACACUACUAAUUUAAGUGGCAGCUAUGAACUUUAUGAUGAACGAUCGAAUAUUACAAUGUCAAGGUCGUCCUCGUGUAGAUCACUUGAUUCUGAUUCCGUCCAUAGUAACUAUUUGUCUCCACGAUAUGAACAAGAAGUUUUGCAUACUCGUCCUAUUAGUUCAUCAGACAUUAAAACACGAAUUCUCAGACAUAGGAGAUUGCCACGAACAUGAUGACUCAGGAACAGUAUUAUUAUUCUGUGAUAUAUUUGGUGCCAAAGAUUUAGUAUGUUAGAUGAUAUUAUUAGUGAGAAUUUGUGACCUGUUUUCGAUAUAAUUGUGGAGAUAUAUGUUUGAAAGUGUGAGUGGUUGUAAGAAGAAAGAAGACUGGAUGGAUGUAUGAGUUAUAUAUUUAUUCUGUUGAUGCAUGGAUGGAAAGAAAAGAUCGUCACAUUAAUAUUUAUUUUUAAACACAUUACACAUUUUUGUAUUCAUUCCCAUUUGUCAUUUUAUACCAGCCUUCUGAAACUAGGAGGCAUUUACAAAACUGUACACACAUUCCUUUACAAAUAACAGAUUAUUUUUUUUACAAAUAUCAUAUUUUGUUGAUAUUCAGUAGGAUAAUUAAUUCUUCAUUUGAAAUACUUCAAGCCUUUUUAUUUUAUAAAACAAAACCGUCCUGUUUUAAACAAAUGUAAAAUUCCUAGUCAUUAAAAUUUGUCUCGCAUCAUUUAAAAUAUAUUUUGUGAAGAAUUUUCUUAACUUUCUGUGAUUAAUUCAUUAUUUUCUAGUCUGAGAAUAUAUUUCAUUACAAUGUGAUAUAUAGUUUAAGAACAUAUUUAAAGAUUUAAAGUAUAUGAUAUAAAAGCUAAAAUCCAAGUUUAUAUCUUAAAUAUGGUUAUAAUCAUGUUAAACAAGUUGUAUUUUUAUCAAAGUAAUACAUGUGAUAGAAUAAGAAAUCUAUGCAUUGUUGAAUUUUUUAAAUAUUUAUUUAUUGUUAUUUUAAUAUGUGUAAUGAAAAAUUGUUCAACAUUCCAAAUUUUGUUUAUACUGACAGUUUGAGAGUUAUUUUUUGCUUUACAUAAAACAUUGUUACUAUGACAACUUACAGUGUAACCUUGUCUUUCUGGUACCCAUCCUUCAAUAUAUGUAUGAUACAUAUUGAAACAGAAUUUUCAAUUUGUAAUUUUUAUAUUUAUUUAAUCUAAAUAGAUAUCUGUCGAAAAGAUUUUAGUCCUUUCUUAAAUUUACAUACUUUGUCAACUUGUUUUAAUAAAUGUUUUUACAGUGUAUGAAAGAACACCUUUUUUUUUAUUAUGGAAACUGUUAUCAGUAUAUUUUUUUUUAUGAAAAUGUGAAUUAAUUUUUAUUCAUAUUGAAAUAAUAUGGUCUCUUGAACUCUCUUCACAAGAAGAAAAUACAUUAGGUUUUUCUGUUUUCCAUGUGUAGAAUUAUUAGGUACUUCAUGGACAUGGCUUAUUGGCCUUCUAUAGGGUAAACAAGAGUGGUCUUAUGAUCAUUAUAACAUGUAGGCUUGAAUUUUGAUUGGAUGAAUUGUAAAAAAAUAAUUGAUGAACUUGCCAGUUUUACCAAUGGUGUGUUUGGUGGGUAGAUAUUUUAGAUACCAUUGUUUUAAUUCAAAUAAAAAAAAAGAAUAUUAUAUUCAGGGAUUCGUGUAGAUAUAUAAAUUGAAUACUCUGCAGUAUAUAUUAUCACCCCCUUCAUUUUAUUCAUGUCAUUUUCCCAUGGUUGACUAUAGAGAAUGCCGUCCAAAUAUUAUAUUUUACAGAUUUUUUACAUCUUUACUUCAAUCAUUCCCUGUAUAAAACAUCAUCACCCAAAUAAAAAGGUUGGAAUUAUUUUUUUUAUAUUUUCAUAAUUUAAAAUUUAUUACUUUUAUAUUUAAAAAUAUUUUGUUCCAGCUUUAUAUUUAAUUAUUACAUUCCAAUCGUAUUUAUUGCAAGACUCAAUAAAAAACAUCUCUGAGUAAACAGAAUUGUUAUACAUGUUUCAAUUUUGAGAGAAUGAAACAAAUUAAAAACACAAAAUUAUAUUCAAUUAACCUGUGAUAUGUAAGAAAUUUAUUGUUCAUGAUUUAUAGAAUAUUAUAAAAUGGUGAUUUAUUUUAUGCUAAAAAAUAUCAGUUCAUAUACAGCUGACAUAGGGUGUUGAAGAAGGUGUGGGCAUUCCUUGGUAUAUUAUUGAAUUUUCACAAGUUAAGAAUAUUUUCACUUGUUGCACCAAGUAAUACAUAUAUUUAUAUAAGUUAGUCUGACGAUGACAAUAAAAUAUUUAAAAGAA